AGGCUUUGUUCUGUUGAUUAACUUCCAUAUUUUAAAAUGUUGUUUUGUUAUGUUUUGUUUUUUUAGGACAGGGGAUGCUACUCUCAUAAUCAAAACUGUCAAGUGUCAACAAUGCCUCUGAGGGCAUUGUUAAGGUAUCUGUUAAACAAUGAACAGUUAAUACAAAAGAUAGCGGAAAGUUAUCCAAUCAGACGUGCAGCACAGCUGACAGCCUACUUUUUUCAAAAAGGAAAAGAAAUUGGUGGGGAAAAGCUAGAGCAAUGGAAAGAAACAGAUGCUGUGAAUCGCCUGCAAGAUGAACUCAAACAUUCAUCAAGGAUUGUUCAAGAUCAGGCCAACAAAUCUAUUCAAAAAACAAAUAGUUUCAUAAACUCUUUUGCUAAGAACUUGUCAGAAGAAUGGAAGAAAGCAGAAAAGAAGUUGGAAGAGCAGAAGAGAAUAGGAAAGAAAUAAAAAGCAACAGUGAACACUUGUGUACAUAGUUUUUUCGUGUUAUAUAUAAAUUUAUAUUUAUGCUCUAGCACUGUUAAUCCCUCUAGCAGUGUUGAUCCUCUGACAUUUUGCUGAUUAAAAUAAUAAAAUUUU